AUGACAAUUUCCGGCUAUGAGACUUACAUACUCCUCGUGAGCAACUUGCAAGGUGCCGAGUAUCCGGACGAGGAGAAGGAUGAAACCAACAACCCCAAUUCAUCAAACGUGGCAUUGGGACUUUACCAGAUCAAGCUACUAUACUCACAAAGUUCCAAGAAUUUGCUCAAGAUGCAGGGCCGCCGACCGUACCGUCUGGUUUGCAUAUAUGUGCACUCAAUAACUCCCGAUCCAACCGACCCUGUCGCCCUUGGACUAUUUUCUGACCGACUCCCGGUGGGUGAGGAGAAGGGUUGUGAUCCUAGCUGGGUUAAACUUAGGAAAGUGGUUGUUUCUUCUGGCGCAUGGAAUAACUUAGGCCGCAACAACGUUCAUGGUACCACUACCUCAUACACGACGGAUUACUCCUGA